AUGGAUAAAACCAGUAAAUUAAGUAGUUUAGUUAAAAAUGUUCAAUUUUUCGUUAAAAAAUGCAGAGAAAAAAAUAAGAAAUUACUAACUCUGAGUAGUUUAGAUGACAAUGAUGAAAUACAUGAACCAGGAAACUUUAUGAAUGAUAAAACAAAUUUGGAUAGAAGUUUUAAGGAAAGUUCAACUAUAAAUAGUUCUAAAUGUUCAGGUGAAUCAAAAUAUGAUAUUUACAAAAAUUCUGAUAGCACAUAUAGCAAAGAAUUGAGGAGAACAAAUACUGAAGAUAAUUUUCAUAAUAUUUCUGAUUAUUCAGAUAACGUAUUUAAAAAGAAGUUUAUUAAAUUAAAAGAAAAAGACAGUAUUAAUGAAACCUUUGAAGGGUCUGACAAAUUAUUAGAUACUGAUAAAAACGGUACUAUGAGAUUAGAAAUCUCCAAAGUAAGAUUAAAAGAUAGAAAAAUGGAUGAUAUAAAAAAUAAAAUUAUGGAAUACGAUUUAGAUCUGUUGAAAAUAUACAAUAAAUUGGAAACUACAGCAAAAACUAGAUCAUUUAGGAAAAAAAAAAAAAAAAAAAAAAAAUUUCGAACAUAUAAUUCAGAAAUUUUAAAUGUAAAAAGUGUUAGUUCUGUGAAAAAAAAAAAUACAAUUACAAGAAAAAAAGUUGAAGAUAAAAAUGAACUAAAAAUUAAUUUUUCAGAAGAAACUUCAAAAUUAGGAUCUAAAAGUUCAUUUUUAACUUUUGGUAACAAAAUUUCCAAAUUUCAGUAUAUAAGUUCAUCUAAAAAAACAUUCGAUGAAUUCUUUUUUUUCCAAGAAGGUUUAUCAAAUAGAUUAAAUAAAAAAAAUAAUAAAUCAUCAUAUGACAUUGGAUGCAUGUACAUGAAUAGCGAUGUAAGUUUAAAUGGAUCAAAAGAUUUAAAAAAAAAAAAAUCAAAUGAAAUGUUAAAUAGUUCCAAGAGUCUUAGACAUUUCAAAUUUCUAAAUAAUAAUAAAAGAAAUAUUGAUUACUAUAAAAAAAUGAUCGAAAAUUUAGAGGAAACUAUUGGAAAAACUAAAAAGAAGAAUAAUAGCUAUAUAGAUGAUGUUAUUAAAAUAAUAAAUUGUUUACUUCAUGAUUAUGUUCCUAAAUUAAUUGAUAGAUAUGAAUACUAUAUGAAUACUUUAGAUGAUAAAAAUAAAAUGUUGAAGCAAAAAAUUAGAGAAUCAUUAGAUUAUGGUGAUGUUCAAUAUGAAGAAAUCCGAGAGCUGAAAGUUCAAUUAAUCCAAAAUAAUAAUAAAAACAAAAAAUUAAAUGAUACAAUUGAAACGUUAAAAGAUAAGUUAUCUUAUACUAAUGAAUUAGAACUAAAAAAUGCAGAAUACUUAGAUGAAAUUGUAUUAUUAAGAAAUAGAAUAACAUUUUUAGAAAAAAUCAUAGAGGAAAAUGAUCAAACUAAGGAAUCUCAGGAACUUCGAAGAAUGCGCCGUAAAUUAAGAGUCAUAUAUAAUAAAAUGAAAAAUGAAAUGAGAUAUAUAUCCACAUUAAAAUUAAAAUAUUUGAAAAAGUAUAAAAAGAGAAAAUUUUCAAUUAAUAAAUGGAUUUAUUUAAAAGAAAAAAUGAGUGAAAAAAAAUUAACCAUGGAUGAUAAAAUAGAAAAAUCUUCAAUAAAUGUAACAAACAUACAAAAUGAAAAUCAUAUUGAUAUAGAAAAGGAUAUUAAGGAAAAUAUAAUUGAUGAAACUAAAAAAGACGUUAAUAAAGAUAAAAACAAGGAAAUAUCUGAAAAAAAAUUUUUUUUAAAAGAAUAUACAGACAAAAGUGUAGGUACUGACGAUCAAAGUAUUCAUAGAGUGUAUGAAGGAAAUAAUGAAGUUCUCAUGCAAGAUAAAAUAGGAGAUAAAUUAAAAUUUGAACAAAAUAAGGUUGUGAAAGAAGAUAAAGAAGUUAAUACUGUUUUAAGUAGUGAUGCAUUGAUUGAGUUAUUGAUAAAGGAAAAAAAAGGUAGUGGUAAAAUGGAUAUUCGGGGUUCAAUACCCAAGGAAAGUUAUCCAUACUAUCAUUACUUUUAUAGUAAUAUAAAUGAAGAUAAUUACUUUGGCCAUAAUAAUGAGAAUAAAAAGAAAAUAUGUAAAGAAAAUUUAAACAAAGCAACUGAUAUAAAUGAAAAAUAUAGUUUACAAUAUUCCACUGAUAAAAAUAGUAACAUCGGAAAAAAACUUUUUACUCUUGGAAAUGUAUUAAAGAAUCCUAUGUUAAAUUAUAAUGAAAAGUGUAAAAGAUUUAAUUACAAUCCAAGGAUUUUAGAUAAACAUGGUAUGUUUUUAUAUAAUAAUUUAAAAAAAUGUAUUUAUGACAAUGAUAAGGAAAAAUUUAAUGAAGAUAGCAUGCUAAAAAAAAAUAAAUUACAUAGUAUUUUACCUGGAAACUCAUGUAAAAACAAAGAUUGGAAUGGUAUAAAUAAAAAUAAAAAUGUUAAAAAGUGUGAUAUUCCUAUUGACUGUUGUAAUAAACUAAACAUAUUAUUAAGGGAUAAAAUAAAUUGCUAUUUAUGCAAAAAUAAAAAUAUUUGUGAUAGCUCAGAUAAUUUAUUCCAUAAAAAAUCUAAAUUGAAAAAAUCUAAUAUUUUAAAUAAUAGUUUUUCAAUAGAUAAAAAGUUUAAAUUGGAUAAAAUUAAUAGGAAUAUUACACAUACCAAUAAGGACAAUUUUAAAUAUAAAAACAGAUAUAAUAAUAAUAUUUAUAAAAUUAGGAAUAAACAUGAAUAUAAUGAUAACAUUAAUAAUAAUAUAAGAAAAGAAUAUAAUAUCAGCAAUCAUAAUUGUGAUAAAGAAAAGAAAUAUGAAGAUUGUAAAAUUAAUAAUUAUUAUGAUAAUAGAUAUCCUGUUGAAGAUGGUAUUGAUACCAUUAAAGAUAAGAGUAAGGAUAAAAACAAUAAAAAAAAUAACGAUGAUCAAAACAUGCUCAAAAAAAGUAAAAAUAUUUAUAAGAAGAAUAAUAGACAUAUAAGUGAAUCUGAAAAUAAGAAUAAUGAUGAAGUUAAAAGUUUUGUUAUGUAUGAAAAUAGAAAUGUUAAUAAUGUUAAAAAAAUCUUAGGAUUUCAUAAGAAUCAACUCGAUGAAAAUAAAAAAAAUAAUUUAAUUAAUAAAUUAGAUAAUCCUGAAGAUGGGAUGAUGCUAACUAGAAUGAUCUCUAGCGAAAAUGAAAAUUCAAAAAUGACUAGUAAAGAGCAAAGUCAUUUAAAUGAUAGAGAAAUAAUAAUUAUACCUGAGAUAAAUGGAAUAAAAAAAAAUGAUGAAACUAUUUCACAAGUUAAUAAUUAUGACGAUAAUAAUGAAAAAAUAAAUUCCUACUUAUAUGCAAAUAAUAAUUUUAAUUUACAAAAAAAUAUAUUAAUUCAUAAAAAAGUGUCAAAUCAUGAUAAUAUGCAUAAAAAUAAUUUGAAAAUAGGUAAUAAGGAAUAUACAAUAAAAAAGAAAGAAAAUAUAAGAUGUGAUUUAUCUAAUUAUAAAAAUAGUAGUAUUAAUACUAGUCAAUCGAUGGAAAAAAUGCACUACUUAAAAAAUAAUUGUGUUUCUCAUAAAAAAGAGUUAUUACAUUAUCCAUGUAAAGAAAAUAAGAAAGAUGAAAAUUUUUGUUUAGGAGAAAAACAUUAUAGAUAUUAUAAUUCCUUUAAUCAAUAUUUAGACAUUAAUAAAAAAAGCUACGGUACAAUUAACAACUACUUACAAAAUCAUUUUUUAUAUAUAAUGGAAAUGUAA